AUGAGAAUUGGAUUUGGCUCUGUGGUUCUCGGCGCUGGAUUAAGCGCAAUUCUCAGCUUCAGCUUUCUGGCGCUCUCUAUCGGAACCGAGUACUGGUACAUUAUAGAAGAUCAAAGGACGAAUAACACUGAGCCACAGCACGUGCAUUCUGGACUUUGGGGAGUGGCGAAUGAUGAUCAGCCCAUCAUAGGAGACCCGCCAAUAUUAUCAGAGUCAGAAAGGCAUAUGCAGAAUAUGCAUAAUGCGAUUGCUGUCCUGCUGCCUCUCAGUCUGGUGCUCUUAGUAUUUGGAGGAGUAUUUGCCAUUGCCAGCUCUCUAGCCCGGUGUAGACUUCUCCUCAUGGGAACUGCAUCCUAUUUUCUUCUUUGCAGUCUUCUCACUCUCUCUGGUGUAAGUCUGUACAUCAGUUAUUCCCAAAAAGCUCUGGAGGAGACAAAGCUAAGAAUUGGGUUGGAACAGAUGGCCAUGGUUCACACAUCCUUUGGUUGGUCAGUGGGUUUGGCCUGGCUCUCCUUUAUUCUGGAAGUAACAACCGGUCUUCUCCUCUUGGUUUCUGCCCGGAUGGUCCAAUUAUCCCAGUACCAGGAGACUGUAUCCCCUAUAUAAAAUUCAAACCCCCAGAGCACCAGUGCAAACCAUAAGCAUGUUAAGGUACAGUAAUUAUCAUAUGCAUGCUAAGUUCAAAAGCAAUACUGCUGUCAUUCCAAUAGUGUCAACAUCCCUUUAUUUAUUUUAUUUGUCUUAAAUGUAAAGCACUAUAAGGAUAACUCUAUGUGGUUGUUUUUCAUUACAUACUUUAUUUGAAUUAUAUAAUUUACUUGAAUACUAAUUGAGAAAGAUGUAUUUUUGUUCACCAAGAACAUGUACAUAUAUGAAAUUAAAACAAAAUUAUUAACACCUUAUUUUUUUGAAGGAACUUUGUCCUUUAUUUUUCCCAUUUUCCCAUCCUCCUAAUUCAAGAUCUUUAUUUUUUAACAAUGAUUUUAUCAGCAAUGGUCAAGUCAACAUGGUGAGACUAUUUUCCCAUCAGAACCCGUUUUAAAGCAUUAAAAACAAUAACAAAGAAAAGAUACAUUGAAGAAUAAUUUUUUUUAAACAUGUAAGCACAGAAUGUACCAGUCCACACAGGGUUGUAAUUUUAAGAGAUGUGCUUUACUUGUGCUUUACAUUAUUUUACAUAAGGUCAUUUUUUUUUAACUGCCCUUUAAUAUAUUGUUGUAAGUGGUGGUUGUGACAUUUUACUUCUGUUACUUUGCCUACUAGCAGCAAGACUCAUACAUAAUACAUAAUUUAUCCAAAUAACUUCGUAAAUAAAAACUAUCAAUUAAAAGCAUUUGAUAAUAUAAGCAUUUUUAUAUAUCAUUUAAAAAAUAUAUACAUUAAAACUAGUAUAUUCAUUAAUAGUAUUAUAUACGCUUAUUCACAUGAUUGUAGCUUUGGAACAUUGUUACCUUGGUGUACCUUGUUGCCAUGGGCAACUAUUCUUUUAACCAUCAAAGUUAAUUGAAUUCCCCACACACCCAAAGUGUAUUUAAUUAGAAAGCAGAUACAGUGCAAUACUAUUUAUGGACUUUUUUUACAUAGCAUUUAAUUUACUCUGACACUUGUAAAGCUCUUUUUUUUCUGUGCAGCUGUUUUCAAACGGUGUGACUAGUGUGUGGCUCAGGGCUCUGGUUUGAGAUGCAAUUUCCCCCUGGUAAUUUAGACAAUCCAUCUCUAGGAUAUGUGUGUGUGUGUGUGUGUGUGUGUGUGUGUGUGUGUGUGUGUGUGUGUGUGUGUGUGUUCAUGAAAAAAUAUGUUACAUGUACUUAAUAUGCAAACUUUAGUGACAGACUCAUUAUUUCCCAAAAGAAAAAUGCAUGACAAAAUGUGCUACAGGACGAUCUUAUUACCAAUGGAGAUUUAGAUCUUUUAUGUAUUAUAUAACAUUGGGGUCAAAAAAGCCUAGAACUUCACUAAAAAUCAAGGAUUUUUUUAAUCAAAAUUGAUAAUAAGCUGAAGUUUAGAAUUUUGAAAUAUUAAAAACAAAAAGUGAUAUCUUGAAAAUAUAAUAGUCAAUAUUCUGAUAAUAAUAUUGUGAUGUGGACCAUGUUAGCUUGGUUUAUUCAUGCUUAAUUUCUUCUAUUAAAGCAUAUUUUAACACAGUCAUAGACCAUACAUGCCAGACACAGUCAUAUACCAUACAUGCCAGUUCAAGUGCACACAGUUUUACUCAAGUUGUCAUAAUCUAAUUUGUAAUAACAAUUGUGGUAUUAAAUUAGAAAAGAAUGUAGACCAUUUUUCAAAUAUAUAUAUAUAUAUAUAUAUAUUUUUUUUUUUUUUCACUUUGUUGGGUUUUUUCUUUGGACAGAUUUUUAGACAAUAACCAAUAUGUAAACCAUGGACAUUUAUCUUUCAAAGCUUACAAUAAUAUCCAUAAGUCAUAUAUAUUAUAAUAUAAUAUGCAUAUUAUAUACUUACUUUAUCAGGAACACUAUUCAGCCAAUCAUGUGGAAACAGUGCAACGCAAACAAGAAUACAGAUCAAGAGCUUCAGGUGAUAUUUAUAUCGAACAUCAGAAUAAAAAAAGAAAAAAAAGAAAAAUCUGUGACUUUAUCAAUGGCAGGGUUGUUAGUAGCAAAAAGGAGAGUUUGAGGUUUUCAGAAACAACAUUUUAGGUUUACACAAAAUGAUGUGGAA